UCGCAAUAACAGACCGUUCUACCUGUCUACCAUUCGCUUUUCUGUCUUUACUAAUUUAAAUAAUUUCCUUUUUAACCAAACACAAUUGUCCGCAUAUUAUACUUCCUAAAUAAUGCACGAAUCCAGUACUGAGAAAAGAUUACGUGUUCAUCAACUGAAAAUCGUGUCUACCAGCCAAAAACUAGUAGCGUCGCCGGCAACGCAACCGGACUAUCUGUUGGGCAGGGAUCAUCGUUUGCGAUCGUGCCGCCAGCUGCGUGUCCACACAAAUCGACACAGGCGCGCCCCUGUAGAUGCAGCUGUAGACACAGACCAACGCAUGCAAGCGAUGCGAAUGUCAGCCGAAUGAGAGACCCAGAUGAUCCGCGGCCCAUAACAAAGAUGGCGCCCACCAGCUUGUUGCCAUAGGAGAACAAACCAGCGGCCCCACACAGAGAAAGACCACCGAUUCAAUGGCCACAAGCCCGCAGAGAGAAUACGAGGUAAGAAAAUCACAAGCGACGAACGAACUAAUCACAGCAACGGAAUCAUACCGCCGUGACACAACAAGAGAUUGAAGAACCCUCACAACGAACAGCGGCAAUAAUAGUGUUUGCUGUGCGAGUGAUGUCAUUCGGUCUUUUUCUUUGCUUAUGGAAUGAGAUACGGUGCGACUGAAGCUGACUGCUAGUUAAUGUGUGCUAGUAAAUCUCGUGUGGUAGUUUGGCAUCGAUCCUGUUAUUAUACGUGUAUUAGCGACUUUAGAACUCGAACUCUGAUCUCAUCAGUGUGACACACAGUGCAUCGUCCUAUAACGACAGGACAACUGUGUCAUCAGCCCUACAUUUCUAUGGCAACUACGACCAACGGCAACGGUUCUAGUUCCAUUUGUGCAGGGUACUAGCGAGAAUACUCUACUACGGUAAAAACAGUUGUAUAGUGAAGAAACAACUAGCAGUGUCCCGUGUGUUCUCGUGCUAGACUCGCUACUAGACUCAUGCUUGGGAUUCGCUGCAAUCAAGCAGAAUAGUAGAUAUGGGUUAGGCGGUGCAGAUACUUCUACAAUGUCGUUCUAGCGGUGUUGUGGCCCGGCCAGAUCCGCUGAGUUUGUCAGCAGAUGCCAAAUUAGAAAGCUUGGAAACGGGCUGCGGUCUAUCGUACGUUUUCGCUGAUCGGCUUGCUUGGACUACAACAUCCUCGGUCGGUCAGACAGCGGCUAGCCGAUCUGUGUUCAUCGGCAUUUUCGAGACAGUGGGACCUAUCGCCCAUUGCAACAAUUAACAAUAAUGGGAAGCGACUGCUGUAAGCCCUCGAAAGAGGAUACGGUUGAUCAGCAGAGUUGUCAUCAUACGACCGACAGCGCUUAUCAAAGGCAGCUAGGUGAGUCUGUUUUGGUGGAGAAGUUGGUUCGGGAUGCGUUGUCGGUAAUCCGCACCCUGGUAGACCACGAUCAGGAGCCGCCUCUCUUUCUAGCACAGCUGGCGACGAUAGCUGAUCGUGACUGGGUCCUUGUGGUUAGAUCAUUGUGUCGUGCUAUCCCGCUUGAGGAUGCCCUUGGUCCGGCUGUCAUUUCGCUAGUACUCGACGACUGCCCCCUUCCCAGUAAAGAGGCACUGAUGGGUUUGGUAUACCUUCUGACGACGGUUCCUAGCAAUGAACCUGCUUACGAGCGUAACCUGUGCGUAGCCUUGGCAUGCGUUGCUGACAAGCUUGCAGGACCUUCUGCGGUAACUUUGCUCAACAAAACGACUCUGACUUUCCUGACAGAUCGGCUCGACUAUAGAAAAAGUCCGACGACUCAGGUGAUUCUGUUUGCCCUAAUUGCGCUUGAGAAAUUUGCGCAAACAUCGGAAAACAAAGUGACGAUAGAACGGUUCAUGGCUGAACGGGGUCUUGAGUGCAAUAACUAUGAACGACAUUCUAGCGGUGAACGGGAAAACCAUCCCCUGGAAGUGCUUGAAGGUUGGUCGGAUGAAGCCGAUCUUGUUCGGCGGCAAGUGGGCUUUUGUGCGCAGUGGGCCCUAGACAACGUUUUUGUACUUCCCGGCAGAGAGUACUCAUAUCUGAAGGUGGACAUGCGUGGAAUUAAUGCGAUGUUAAAUGGGAACGACGUAUCGGAAUAUUUGAAAAUAUCCCCGAAUGGAUUAGAAGCACGAGGCGAUGCCAGCUCAUUCGAAUCUGUAAGAUCCACCUUCGAGAUUUCUAGCGGUUGUUGGUACUACGAGGUGCAACUAGUGACUGCUGGCAUUAUGCAAAUUGGCUGGGCUACGAGAGAUUCGAAAUUUUUCAAUCAUGAGGGAUUCGGAAUUGGUGACGACCAGUAUUCAAUCGCCUACGAUGGAUGUAGGCAACUUGUGUGGCAUAACGCACAAAGUAUAGCGAUUGGACACAACGCCUGGAAACCUAAUGAUAUUCUUGGCUGUCUCCUGGACAUCGAUCGACAAGAGUGCGUCUUUUCAUUGAACGGCUCACCGUUAACAGCAUCUGUGUGUGCGGCGAUUUUUAACUCGACAAAACAAUCUGGUUUCUUCGCUGCCGCAUCGUUUAUGACAUAUCAACAAUGUCGAUUCAAUUUCGGGCUCACAGAUUUUGUUUACCCACCCAGAGACAAAGACUUCAAAAAUUUCAACGACUAUGGAGAACUCAGCCCGGAACUAGCUAUGAUCAUACCACGGCAUGUUAAACUGAAACGCGGCUCCAUUGGUGGAACAAACGUUUGUUCAUUAUGUGUCGACCUUGAAGCCACCAUAACACUCGAGCCCUGCGGCCAUUCAGGCUUCUGCGAAAAGUGCGCCUACAUGUUGGAGAACUGCCCGUUGUGUCGGGCAGAUAUUGCUGAGCGCAAAGCAAUACUACCUGCUGCUCUAUCCGCUGCAGCAACAACGUCCGCCCCAAUUACCGCUGUUAGUUCUCUGGUGCCCGCUAACUAACGCAGAUAUUUUCGUAUGAUAAUCAGACCAAUACGUAACAUGCUACAGUGCACCGCGUUGUGAUAGUAAUCUGUUAAGUGACAGCGCAGUCUGAUUGUGUACAUGUAUUAGCGCAGCAGCAUCAAUAAUGUUACAAGAGAAAAAAUAAUGUUAGAAUAGUAUGUGUUCCGCUGUUUGCUUCCGCUACUCCCCUGCCCGUCGCGAACCUCCGCUUUAUUAAAGAACAUACAAUAAUAUUCACAGAGAUCGUAAACGGGAUCGAUUGAUGCGGGCGCAAACUCAUGUCUCUUGUAUACAAGCUCAGCCUUAUAUAUAUUUCUUCAGUGUAGCCAGACGCGUGCUCUAUGGGUCAACAAUGGACAAAAAACGAACCCAUUAACUCAACCAGUCUUGUUGAUCACCGCGUGGUCAAUGGAGUGGAGUGGCAGCUGGAACGAAUGGCCCUGAAAAAGGGAAGUAUACCCCGGUGUGAGUAACACGACAUGCAAAGGGGAAACCUUCUCGCUGAAUGUUCGACCGAAAAAAAAGAGCCUACGCCUAGAAGAGUCUAGGCGUUUGUGUACUUUCAGAGACUUGUCGAAUCUGCGUGCUACUUAGGUUUUACCCAAGCGACCAGUGAGGCGGUGGCUGGCGUAGGCUUGUUCAUUCGUUACGAUUCCUGUUCGAUCGUGCAAUCAGCCUAUAUUUAUUCGAUCGUGUAGGCCCGGUAACAUGUUAUACAGAACAGUCUAAUUAUUGCUACUAACUACAAUUCAAACAGUUAAUAGUAAUGCUGAUAAGAACGCAGACACAAUAUGCGUUCGAAUGGUUCAGGAUAGAUAAAAAAAAAACACGUUAAGUAGGUCAUAUCUCAAGCGGAUCAUCGUAUCUCUAUUUGUAAAUGUUUAAUGGAGAUCAAAUGUAAUAGAGGCAUCGUGUUUUUGUGAUGUAUUUAUUUUUAUUGAACACCUCGUUCUCAAUUAUGGCUUUUUUAACAUCAUCGUAAAAUAAGUUCGAAAACUGUUUCAUUAUCCUUAAGCGGCUCGUGGUAAUUAUAAUGACUGACUGCAAUUAAAGCGAAUUACCCCUUAUGAAAUGUAAUAACCAAGAUAAGAUGGCGUCAGCUAUUCUCUAGGUUAGGCGAAAAUAUUUAUCAUGUAUAUUUUGACUUUUUGAAACAUGUGACAUGUGUACAUGAGCAGAGAAAAGCAGCACGACACGGUAUCACUGGAGUGCAGUGGAUAUGGAACGAGAUUAACUAAAAUAUGCUUUUAAGCACUAUUAAAUAGCUGGCCACACCUUGAAGAUAUUGCCAACAAGCGCAGUCCUAGGAACAAACUCGGGAUCUAUUUCUUCGGUUAUUUGUUCCUCACCGGCUAAUUGGCUUAAUCAUUCCUUGCCUAAGCUUUUCAGCCAGGAUCUUCAAAACAUAGCCGGUUAUUGGGUUUGUUUAAUACAAAUCAGUGGAAGAAUUUAAUGAGAAAGAGUAAAAGGCAAUUGUAAAUGUGAGCUAAGCGGCUUUAUAGUAAUAGACACGACGAAUACAACGGUAUGAUUUCACAUUUUUUUGCUGUUUUAAAUAUUGUUUUGAGAUUUCAAAAAAAAAAAACUAUUUUUGAGAUCGUCAUCGGUGACUUAUCUGUGUUGAACCAAAAAAGAAAAGCAUUAUAGAUGAAAAAAAUCGUAUCACAAAAUACUAAUUUAUAUGCAAUGGGGUAACUGGAAAAUGAGUAACACGCACUCACGUAAGCGAACUUAUAAGUGAUCUUUCAGGGUAACCAAUGAAGUUUGAUUGUGAAGAAAGUGAAUGGAAAAAAAGUGCGUCUUUUAUUGAGAUGACUUUACACUAUACAAUAAUGCAUUCUUAGAUACCUAAGUUUAAUAUAACAAAAUAAAAAAUACAUUAUAUAUCAGAGAGAUAAGUUAAAAAAAAAUGUUAGUGUCAGACGAGCGUGCAAGAGCUUGGCCGAAUUGUUUUCGUUAAAGGCUUUAUAUUACUCAGCUUCUAAAGAGCAGUUUCAACUUAUAUCUUUCGUUUUCCUAUAAAGUCUUUUAUUUCGUAUAUUUGUAUGUUAAUGCAUAGAAAAAAAAGGUCCUAUUCGGCGAUUUGCCAUAAAACUACGUAUUUUUGUACAGAUUUUUUCGAUACUAAACAUGUCUCUAGUGUUCUGUUAUUCCAUCGUAACCGAGUAGUUCUGUACUGCCACAUUAAAGUAAAUAAUCAAUCCUAAAUCAUCGUUCUGCUCGUUUAAAGCUCUUUAUACGUCUACAGACCUAUCACCUUCAACACUUACAAAAAUAAUUCGAAAUUGAAAAAUAGGAAUAUAUAUAAUAAGUAGUGAGAGGCUUUUAUCUAGCUAAUAAAAUGAACCCCCCAAAAAACUUGAACUUCUAAUUCACUCAUAUUUGUGUAUACCCAAUUGACUAUGGUCUAGCUCGUAGUCAUAGCCUUCUAGCUUGUUUUGUCCCUGCCUUUAAUUCCAGUGAACGUUAAUCCAAACCUCAGUUCUGGCGAAUAUGUAGAUCGAAGUGGUUCAAUACUGCGGGUUUAUCAAUGGAACUGUUACAAGCAACUAUUUUGACAUCAUUCCCUUUUAUCGUUACGCUAACGCCCUCAUAGGGCAAUGUUUUUCCUGAGAAUUGCCUUCGAUUCGUUAACUGAAUUUAGUGAUAAAUAUACAGUAACAUAAUUAGCAAGUAGCAUUCAUAGGAAGCUUGUUGAAGAUUUUGUGUACAAAACACUUUGCUAAUGAUUCCGCAAUUGCGUUUGUAGUUAACUAGAAAAUUUUAUUACUAAGAAAGUCAGACGUGAACCUUAUACGUGACGCCGCUCAAGUAAAGUCGCUUUUUAUAUAUAUACACUUUUAUAACAAUAAAACAAUAUAUAUAUUUCGAAACGUAUGAAUUGGAUAGUUAGCUUCGUUCGACAAUGCGCCUGCAUCUGCGUCUGGAUGUAUGUAUAGGCUUAUACCCCUGCAAAGGCACGCUCUUUUUACAGAACUUGUUCUCCAUUGUUGAACAAAUAUCGUAGCUAAGAAAUCUGUCGGUCUGGUCCCUUUUUAUCUCAUGCUCGAAAAAAAAAGUGAGUAAGCAAGAGAGCUCAGAAGUAGCAAUUAGAAAUACUGUGUAUGCAGUAGCACCAUUCACGCGUUUGUUGCAUCAGUAGAAAGGGGACGAGGUACCUAAAUUGAGAAAAUUGCUGUGAACAGAAAUGAAAUCAAAACGUCUUGUAAUAUAAUUGAUUUGUACAAUACAGAUGUACAUAGAUAAUUAAAACAUGUGGACCGAAAUUAGUUGGGCGAAAGGACAAUGUUCAUACGAGAGCACAACUAUGAAAAUAAUGAAUUGUAAUACUAAAGGAUGCAAUAGGCUAAAUAAAAAAAACAACGAAUCUAACGUUGCGCGUUUUGAUUCUAAAAUGUCGUAAACUGUGGACCACUCAAUAUAUUGUAUUUGGUAAACAGGAACUAAACUCUAGAAAAGUUACUAUUUACAAAUCAUAUGCGAGCCUUGCCACGUGCCUGGUUUGUGUUCAUUAUUUCAACUAAUCUGAAUCGUUCACCUCGGCUGAAGAAACCUAUAAGUCGAGUACACAUUAACAAUUAUCCUGUUGUAGUUAUCCUAAUCCACAUGACCUGUUACCCUUCUGUGGUUAUUUCUGUAAUCUAGUCCUAUGUGUUUACCAAAAACUCAGCCAAUCCUAGACUUCUGUUCAUGACAUAUUGGUUCGGUGCAGUUGAAAUGUGAUUACGGGUACGAAGUGUUAACUGACUCAGCGGGCCCGUGAGUACGGUCGGCCGACCUUUAGGGACGUACGUGGCCACUGAUAAGGUCCGUUAACCUAUGGGUUCUGUUCUUGAGGCGUGACCGAAGUUUAAGCUUUCAUUUAUGAAGAAUAAUAACCGAUAUAAAACUGGGAUCAACACAACUUUCGGGAUGUCACUAAAACUUGAACGUUUUUCUUUGUUUGCAGUCUUCUUCUAUAUGAAGAUAUGCAAUAUGGAUACAUAUAUAA